AUCUGAUAUAAUCUAGAAUGGUGCCAAAAUGUCAUAACUACCCUUUCUAAUGAGAGGAGCUGGUUUUGGCUCUUCAUUGCUAGAAAACUGUGCUGUAUUGGGAAAAUGUUUGAAUUGAAUUAAAAACUGUCAUGGAAUCAAUCCACUGGGUAAAAACUCAGAAAGAGAAAAGAAAAGAGUGAGCUUUUAGCUCAGAGCUCCAAAUUUGACAUUUUUUUUGUCACUUCACUCAGAUAUUUCUUCCUCAUAGAUGACAUAGGUAUUACUCUAAUGCUUUGUCCUGAAAGACCAGAGUUUCAUGCCAAUGAAGGUGUGAGAAAACAGGUGAAGUAGGAUGAUGGGGGAUUGAAGGGAUUGAUGUGGAUUUGAUUGGGUUGCCGUGGAAUGGUUUUUCAUGGCAGAUAUGUAUAAGAAUCAGCUGCAGGAACUUGCACAGAGAAGCUGUUUCAACCUGCCAUCUUAUGCCUGUAUCAGAGAAGGACCUGAUCAUGCACCAAGAUUCAAAGCUUCUGUGAAUUUCAACGGUGAGAUCUUUGAAAGCCCAAGCUAUUGCACCACAUUAAGACAGGCAGAGCAUGCAGCUGCUGAAGUAGCUCUCAAUGUCCUGUCCACCAGAGGCCCUGCAAGGUCUCUAACUGCAAGAGUUCUUGAUGAAACUGGUGUUUACAAGAACCUCCUUCAAGAAACUGCUCAUAGAGCUGGACUGAGCCUUCCUGUAUAUACCACUGUAAGAUCAGGUCCUGGCCAUGUCCCAAUUUUCACUUGUACUGUAGAGCUUGCCGGCAUGAAUUUCACUGGUGAGCCAGCCAAGACAAAGAAGCAAGCUGAGAAGAAUGCUGCAAUUGCAGCUUGGUCUUCCCUUAAAAAAUUGCCAAACUUGGGUUCAUUGACAAAUAAAGAAGCAGACACUACUGAAGAACAGGAUCAGACAGCCGUGGCAAGGGUUCUUUCAAAUUUUAGGCCCAAAGAUGAAUGCAAACAAGUUAGGAGGAGGGAUCAGAACCAAGCGAAAAGAAGAAUGGUGAGGACUCAUAGUCAUAGAGACAUUAGUUGUGGUUCUUCGUCAUCAUCCACAUCUAGUAAUCAUAUACAGCAGCAUCAUCAGCAAUGGAGGCUUAUGGAUCUGUUUAUGGACUUUGUCCCAGAAGGUGGUCCAUCCAAAAAACAAAACAGCUUUGUGUCUCUCCUGCCUCCUCUCCCACCAAGAACAGCUUCAAAGAUGUUACCACCAACUUCACCUAAUAGGCCUAUUCCAGUUAAAGUCAGAGGUAGAUCACAAAUUAUAACACCUCCAUUGGAAGACCAUCAAAAGGAUGAGGAAGAGUGGCUUGGUGGGAAAAAGGAAUGUCCAAGCAAUUCAAGUUCCAUAUUCAGGCAAUUUCCUUUGUCCAACAAUGGGAAUGUUGCAGCUUCAUCACUGCUUGAUAGAACCAGGCGUUUCGGUUCUCAAGAUUCAUCUCAAUUCCAUGGUCACAGAAUCGCCCCAGCCGUUCAAAUCAGAUCAGUGAUCCCAGUAUGUGCAGCACCACCACCACCACCAGUGAAAGAAACUUCACCAUCACCAGCUUUAACUGCUUCAAUGUCCACCCAUACAGGAGAAAAGGUCUCAUCAGCUACCCAACUCAGUUCUGAGUUCAACAAGCUACAGUUAUGAGUUAAUGAGGUAAAAACAACCUGCGGUUACCAUUUUCUGCCACUUUUACUCGAUGGGUUGGGUUGUUCUCUGAACUUUUGCUAUUGGCCCUUGAGACGGGGUCUAUGGUAAAAUUUUGUAAAAGAUAAUAUAAUAUAAUUUUCAUCUUGACAUGUA